CCAUCAGUCAGACCAUCAAAAUAUUUCCCAAGCCACACGCCACCAUCUGCAUCUUCAAUCCUUGCCCACCAACGCACGACAACCCACGUCGCCUCACAGCAUAAAGAUGAGCCGCAGAUUAAUAACAACCAAGCUCCCCUCGUGGGCGGCCCUCGAGCCCUGUCUUAAUGCCACGAGGCAACAACCGACCCAAACCUGCCGCCGCUUUCUUUCGUCGCCGAGCGCAUCAUCACCGUCCUCCCGCCGCCCAACGACGACACCACGACGCAUCCAGCAGCAACAGACAUUCGUGCCACGAAGAUGGAAGUCCGAGACGGUGGAGGAGCUGAAGAGCAGGAAUAGAAGCGGCCCCUUCUCCUGGAAAGCCGGCGUCAUCUUCGUCAUGACCGCCGCAGGGCUGGUCUGGUACAUGGACCACGAAAAGGAGCGGAUGCACAAGAAGCGCAUCGCCGACGCGUCCAAGGGCGUGGGCAAGCCGCGCAUCGGCGGCGCCUUUGAGCUGAUCGACCAGGACGGCCGGCCCUUCUCGUCCGACUCGCUCAAGGGCCGCUACUCGCUCGUUUACUUUGGCUUCUCGCACUGCCCCGACAUCUGCCCAGAGGAGCUCGACAAGAUGGCUCUCAUGUUCGACGAGGUGCAAAAGGAGCGUCCCGGAGCGCUGGCCCCCGUCUUUGUGACUUGCGACCCGGAGAGGGACACCCCAGAGGUCCUCAAGGAGUACCUGGCCGAGUUCCACCCGGAUUUCAUCGGUCUCACGGGAACCUACGAGCAGAUCAAGGCCAUGUGCAAGGCCUACCGCGUCUACUUCAGCACGCCCCGGGACGUCAAGCCCGGCCAGGACUACCUAGUCGACCACAGCAUCUACUUUUACCUGAUGGACCCCGAGGGUGACUUUGUCGAGGCCCUGGGAAGGCAGCAUUCGCCCAAGGCGGGCGCAAACAUCAUCCUCGACCACAUGAAGGAGUACAAGGGGCAGCUCAAAACGGCCUGAGGGGUGGAUUGUACUACGAGAAAUGUAAACGAAUUAGGCCGGCGAGUGACAAAUCUCUGCUUUUGGGGGGCAAGCCACGUCGGUUCGCUGUCUUGUAUAGGGGUGACCACGUGAUGUAGGCGCAAUUUGUACAAACAAAAAAAGAGGGGGAAAUAGGCGCCGAGGAUAGAAUGUAGGCUGGAUACGGCUUUGUACCACAACCAAGAAAAGAAACUGUAUAUCACUGUAAGAAUGGAUUCCUUUUUUUUGGAAAACAGAUCAUGGCCAAGAUCAAGUUGAAUUCGUCUUGUGGGAAACAUAUAAAACCCAUCGCUAAUGCCUAUUAUAGAGUGUAGUUGAAACAUUUCCUAGACAGUUGCAAGAAUAAAAGUUAAACCCCCAAAAGUUUACCAAGCCCUCCGCCCCUUUAGUAAUCCACAAACUUGACCUUGUCACGAGUCGCCU